CGCCCAUACAACAGAUGGUUGAUUAAAAUGUUUUGUUUUAUUCUUCUAGCCCAGAUGGAAACUCUUUCUUAGUUCAUGUUCACCGGUGUAUUUGGAUACUGGUUGACCUCAUUGAGCUUUACCAAUGGCCGGCACUUCAUCCAGCUGCUCAAUCAAUGAUGCAUCUGUUCCAAAAGUUCGACCAGCCAGCUCAGUUAGCCUUCUAGCAGAAAGACUGAAACUAUCCAGUCUGAAUGAAUCCAAUUCUGAGACGAUACAACAAAAAACAGAACUGCUUGCAGUAGAACAGACAACAUUGCACAUUCGCCGAAUGUCUAACCAGCACCGCCCAGUCAUCUAUCAAGGUGAUGUUGGGGUCGAACAUACUUCUAUGGAACAAACACCGAACCAAUUGUUUCCUUCUAGUCUGUUUAUUGACUCGGGUUCUGGCUCCAGUCAACUCUAUUCCGAGCAUGAAGAUGAAGAGGGAGAGGCACAUUGGACAGCAAAUCAAGGCCAGAUGGAUGAACCCAACUCGAUGGAGCAUCCUACUGAUAUCACCUCAAAGGCCCAUUCAGUCGCGGCAACACAUCCUGACGCAUCUUUUUGUACACGAGCGGCGGAGUCCUACGUUUCUGCUUCCCAUCCUCCAGCUAAACGAGCCUGUAGAUCAUCCAGUGCCACCUGUGAUCUGAACCAAAUGCCUCAUGGUCCCCACAGUCAAACCUGCAAGUGCCCCGCAUCGGAGGGGCAAAUGAAUGCUUUACUACGUCCGGUGGCCAUUCGCCUGACACCUAUGAGCAGGCAGUCGACUCACUUGGAUGCCUCCAACACGAAUUGUGUAAGAGCCAACGGAGUGACAGUAGUUCUGCGUACCAGACACCGGGACAGCAAUCGGGCUUCGCGCCUCAGUUGGCAUCAUCCUCUGUUCUGCUCGGAAACUGACGCAAAGGCACAGCAUCCUAGUUACGGCGUUCAAGUAGGUUGUAACUUUCACGCUUGCGGUGCUAGUCCUUGUUCAUCCAACCAGCGUAGUGGAUCCAACUCUCAACUGGACCGGCUUGCGGCUGUGACCGGGCGAUAUUUGGGCUCCGCUGAAAAAUCCUGUCUUACAGAACCGCGGAAUCAGUUUAGGGGGACGGGAUCAGUUAAUUCAUUCAGCGAAAGUGAUUGCUCCAAUUCUUCUGGUGUAGAAUCUCUUCACUGCAGCCACCCAUCAGCUUUCACGCCAACAUCUGCUCGAUUCGAAAGCCCGCGUAACGCCACACAAUCAUUCACCUACUCUUUAUCACCCGAGAUGAACUCCGUGUCUUCCUCGGUUCCGAUCUCUGUUCCGACUCCAUCUUCUGGAUUCCAGGAGGCAGUAUUCUCUUGCUUUUCCGAUGCGUGUUCCAGUCUUCCAGAUUGCUCUCUGGUUGGAUUUCGGUCGGACGCAGAUCCCCGUUUAUCUAACCAACAGCAUUCCGGUUCAGAGGCCUUGUCGUCCCUACAAUUCGCUUGUUCGGGUCCCAGUGGUCCGUCUGGUCCCGGAAUGUCUGACUACGCCACCCUCCAAUUUAGACUAAACACUAAAGAUGACACUAUCCGGUGCCGGUCCCAACCAACUGCAGUUCAACCGGAAUCCGCAAAUCUCGUGCCACGGUUACCCUUCACCACAGCAGAGUGUUCACGAGAGGCCGAGAAUCAUUGGAUUGCUGGCCUCAAACGUAGACGUGGUCUAAGUGGGGAGACGGACACGUCUAACACGAAUACACUGGUGAACAAUAGUUGCCGUUGUCAGUCCGAGGCAGAGAACUCCGUUAGUGAGCAUGGUGAAAUGCAUCGGUCAAUGGAAUUCCAAUACGCUACGCUGAACCAUAGUCCAACAUCUAUGCGCCGUCCCAUAUCCUUUCCAGAGAGUCCUUCACUCACUUUACCCAACGGUAUUUUCAUAUUUGGUUCCAUGGCAUCCCGACCCCUUGAAGAGCCUUGUUUCGGUGCGGACCAAAGCAAGAGCAUUUUACCCUCGGACACAUUACAUUGCACUGAUCAUACUCCUUCAUCCUCUUGUCUGCGGUGUCGUCGGGUUUGCUGUGAUAACUCUGUCACCUCAGAUGAGACUAUUUAUCAGUCACAAAUGGGUGGAUGCGCUUGCAGUCUGAUGCGCUCUACCCUUGGGCAUGAAAAUUUUCCUUCUCGGCACGGGUAUCCCCAUCUAGGAGAUCUCUCUGAAUCAAUGGAGGAAGAAAAAGAAUAUGAAACGCCUGAAGCUGUCACAGAAGAGGCCUCUGGUCUGUAUGUUUCCAGCGGUAACCGCUCCAAAUACCCUACUAAUGUGUCUCCGUCACUGUCGGAUAUCGGUUUUGAGCCAAUUCGCGCAAUGUCGGCUGAUGAUACAAACACGGAAGUUUGUGACAAUUCAAGUAUCCGACACAGUGGAUGUGAGCAAGGUGCGGAUGCAACCUCCAAGGAUGCUUUCUUCGAUCAACCAAAAGAGAGUAUCCCGCUAAACCCAGACGAAAUAAUCUCUUUAUCUUCCACGGAUUCUGACAGUUCUGAUGGUGGGACUCCGCUCACUCACAGCCUUAUUACCAGACGAAGGCGGCUUGAGAAACAACACAAUUCAUUCUGCUCCCCACAGUCGGAUCACACAGCAGUUAUACCACUGGCGGAAAUUGACUUAGAACUGAUGGAGAACAAUUAGCAGAAUAUAUGCUCCUUCCCGAAUCCCACAAACAUGGAAGGGGCGUUUGCUUUCAGGAUAACGCGAGGUAUAUAGAAAGAGUCAGAAAUUAUACCCAUUUCUAGAUCCGAUGAAACUCAUUGUAAAUACGUUGUACAUAGUAUUCUAUAUCUCCUCCGUGCAUCACACGUGCGGGUGUCUUUUGUCGAAAGCAAAUGUGAUAUAUUCUUGUCCACUAUGGCGCCAUACUACUGAUUUUAUUGAAAUUCGU